AUGGCGGACACCGACGCAGCACAGCAAUGGAACGGCGACGCUGCACGCGACGCCGCGCGUGAGACCGACAAUGCAGCCUGGAACGGCGCUCGCAGCCCUUCGCCCAGGGGCGCAGCCACCCCGCCUCGCCGUGAGCGCGAGCGCUCCCGCUCUCCCAUGCGCACCGGCGAUGACGACCGUGGCCGCCCCGAGCGCAACAACGGCGACAACAACCCAGGCAACAACCUCCACGUCUCGGGCCUCAGCAAGACCACCACCGAGCGAGACCUCGAGGAGGCUUUCGGCAAGUACGGCGCCAUUCAGAGAGCGCAGGUCAUGUACGACCCUCACACUCGCGAGCCAAGAGGCUUUGCCUUUGUCACCUACGAGAAGGCCGAGGAUGCAGAGGCCGCCAUCACCGCCAUGAACGGCUCCGACUUCCAGGGCCGCAAGAUCAACGUCGACAAGGCGCGUCGUGGUCGCGCCCGCACCCCCACCCCAGGCAGGUACUUUGGUCCCCCCAAGAAGGGUCGCAUGGACGGUCCUCCUGGCUACGGCGGUGGCGGCGGAUACGGCCGUGGUCCUCCGCGCGGUGGAUACGGCGACGACCGAUACGGCGGUAUGCCGCCUCGUGGAGGUGGAUAUCCGCCCGCCUACCCGCCGCGCGACCCUUACGACCGCUACGGCCCUCCUCCUGGCCGACCCUUUUCGCCACCGCCCAUGCGAGGCGACCCGUACGACCGCUAUGGUCGCGGUCCGCCCCCCAUGCGCGACUACCCUCCGCGCGAUCGCGACUAUCUGCCGCCUCCCCCGCGCGGCGGUCCUGGCAUGGACUACCCGCCUCGUGACUUCCCUCCGCGCGGCCCGCCUGGCGACUACCCCCCGCCGCGCGGAUACCGCGACCACUCGCCCCCGCCUCCGCGCGGCGGCAGGUACGACGACUUGCCCCCUCCCCCGCCCCGCGCCGGCGGCCCAGGCGGCAGGUAUCCAGACGCCCCGCCCCGUCCGCGCUACGACGACGCCGGCCCCCCGCCCCGUCGUUACUAG